AUGGCCGGAACUCAACAGGAAAUCGACGUCGCCGUAAUAGGAGCAGGUCUCUCAGGUAUCAACGCCGGAUACCGCAUUCAAGAAGCCCUACCAAACUACUCUUACACAAUCUUUGAGUCUCGCCAUGAAUUGGGCGGCACGUGGUCUUUGUUCAAAUACCCAGGCAUCAGAUCUGAUUCGGACUUGUACACUUUUGGCUUCCAAUUUGAUCCGUGGCGAGAGGACAAGAGUAUUGCCCCAGCUCCUAUGAUCCUGGAUUACCUCCAAGGUGUUGCCAAUCGUCAUGGUAUUGACAAACAUAUCAAAUAUCAUCAUGCCGUGGAGAGUCUGGACUGGUCUUCUGAGCUUCAAAAGUGGAAGAUUAAUAUCAAUGUCGAUGGCAAAGAGAACAAGGUCUUCUGGGCUCGUUUCGUGAUCAUGAGCACUGGCUAUUACGACUACAAGAAGGCCUUGCCCGCAGAGAUUCCUGGAAUCGAGCAAUUCAAAGGCGAAGUUGUACACCCACAAUUCUGGCCUGAGGACCUUGCCUACGCGGACAAGAAGGUUGUCAUCGUCGGCAGUGGAGCCACAGCUGUCACACUUCUCCCGGCUAUGCAUGAAACUGGCGCAGCUCAUGUUACAAUGCUCCAGCGCAGUCCGGGAUACUUCAUCAACCUGCCUACUGCCAACACUAUCAAUAACAUCCUUCGAUCGGUCCUUCCCGCCAGCUGGGCACACUCGCUCAUCCGCCUUCGCACGUUGACCCUCACGUACGCAUUCUACUACUUCUGUCGAGCUUUCCCGGGCUCCGCCAAGAGACUUUUGCGAAAAGCCACAGAGAGAGAACUACCGCCCAAUAUCCCAGUCGAUCCACAUUUCACGCCAAAAUACAACCCGUGGGACCAGCGGAUGUGUGUCACACCCAAUGGAGAUUUCUUCGCAGCUCUUCGAAGUGGCAAGGCAUCCGUAGCAACUGGACAUAUCGAAGAAGUGACAGCCGAGGGCAUCAUAUUGAAGUCCGGAGAGUACAUCCCCGCAGAUGUCAUCGUGACCGCCACAGGAUUGAAGGUACAGAUGUGUGGGAAUGCCACGCUAUCAGUUGAUGGUGAGCGUGUCAUUGUCGGAGACAAAUAUCUCUGGCGAGGCUCCAUGCUGCAGGAUGUUCCCAACCUGGCCUUCUUCCUGGGAUACACGAAUGCAAGCUGGACACUUGGAUCGGAUGCUACAGCGCGGCUGUUCGUCCGUAUCGUGAAGCAGAUGGAACGCAAGGGUAUGACGAGCACUACUCCUUUGAUGGGAGAUUCCGAGACCGACAAUCAGAAGCCACCGGAUAUGGAGGCGCUGAACCUCAACUCGACCUACAUCAAGAAGGCUGUGAUGGAUGGGCAGUUUCCAAUGAACUUGGAUGCCAACCCGUGGCGCGCAAGGCGGAAUUAUUUCUCGGAUUCGUGGUUUGCGAGCUUUGGAGAUGUUGGCAAGGGGCUGCGAUUCGAUAGAGUGUCGGUGUAA